UCGUUCCGAGGUAGCACCUCCUCCCGAACCCGCCGGCGGGUGCGUGUCGCUGCUGCGCCUUCUCCUCCGUCACCGCUGCCGCCAUGCCCGGAGGUCUCCUUCUCGGGGACGAGGCUCCCAAUUUCGAGGCCAAUACGACCGUCGGCCGCAUCCGUUUCCACGACUUUCUGGGAGACUCAUGGGGUAUCCUCUUCUCCCACCCUCGGGACUUUACCCCUGUGUGUACCACAGAGCUUGGCAGAGCUGCAAAGCUGGCACCUGAAUUUGCCAAGAGGAACGUUAAGCUGAUUGCCCUUUCAAUAGACAGUGUUGAAGACCAUCUUGCCUGGAGCAAGGAUAUCAAUGCUUACAACUGUGAGGAGCCCACAGAAAAGUUACCUUUUCCCAUCAUCGAUGACCGGAAUCGGGACCUUGCCAUCCUGUUGGGCAUGCUGGACCCAGCAGAGAAGGACGAGAAGGGCAUGCCUGUGACGGCGCGUGUGGUGUUUGUUUUUGGCCCUGAUAAGAAAUUGAAGCUGUCCCUCCUCUACCCCGCGACCACCGGCAGGAACUUUGACGAGAUUCUCAGAGUAGUUAUCUCUCUCCAGCUGACAGCAGAAAAGAGGGUUGCCACCCCAGUUGAUUGGAAGGUUGGAGAUAGCGUGAUGGUCCUCCCAACAAUCCCUGAAGAGGAAGCCAAGAAACUCUUCCCUAAAGGAGUCUUCACCAAAGACCUCCCAUCUGGCAAGAAAUACCUGCGCUACACGCCCCAGCCGUAGGUCUCACCCUGCACAGUGAGACAGCGGGUGCCAGCUGCCAGUCAAGUGUCCUACAGCAAUUCCAUAGAAACAUCCCACUAUGAUCACAGCCACGGUCUCUAGGUUGCUGUCCUCCUGGCUUAUUAAAUGAAAAUGGCACUAAACACCCCGUGGGAUUCUUUGCUUCAUGCCUUCACCAGCAUUCUGUUCUGUUCCCAUGCCUCAGCCCUCUCUCCUGGCUCUCUAAAAUACAGUCUGUAUUUGAGACUCACAUCAUAUUGGAUCUCUGCAGGUUUGUGAUCAGCAACGUAGGAUCCACUGAUAGUUGAAAAGCUGCUUUGCUCCAGCCCGGAAUGACCAUCAGGUUUUUUAGCUGUUCUAAUCAAAUCCUCUCUUCCAUUACACAUUUUGGGGAGCAGCAGAACUUGAGGUUCAGUUUCCUCUGUCAAUCUGUAAGUAUAUAACCCUAGCAGUUAAAAGUAACCGGAUAUUCUUCAGUACUCAGUGUUUUGAUCACAACUAAGGGGAAAGAUUUCCAUUCUGUACUUUUACAGGAGAGAACUGAAAUGGGAUGAGCAGGGGGAAGGAUCUUUACAUUUUUUUAAAAAAAUAUUUUAUUGAUUUUUCACAGAGAGGAAGGGAGAGGGAUAGAGAGCCAAAAACAUUGAUGAGAGAGAAACACCGAUCAGCUGCCUCCUGCACACUCCCUACUGGGGAUGUGCCCGCAACCAAGGUACAUGCCCUUGAUCAGAAUCAAACCUGGGACCCUUGAGCCAAACCGGUUAGGGCUAAAUAUUUUGCUAAGAAAAAUUUUCAAUACAUUUCUACCAAAAGAGGGAGAAAAGGCUCCACUUACCUGCUGGAGGUGUGAGCAGAACAACAGCGCCACCUGCCUCUCACAGCAGGUAUAUUCGUGUCAGUGCUCCGCCUUGCUAACACUGAAAAGGCUCCCCCUGGGGAGGAAGGGAGGAGAGGAUGACUGAAGUUGUUUGUAGAACUAUUCUUGCUGAGGGUGGGGCAGUACUUUCUGAAUGUUGCUUUUGGGGGAUCUGGCAAAUAAAUCCGUUGUUAAAACUAGA